CAUCUUCUUCAAUUCAAUUCAAUCUCCCCUUCAUCAAUGGCGUCUUCUCCCUCUCUCUUCUCCUCCUCCUCAGAUCUCACACUCUGAAAAUAAUCUCCUCAAACAUGUCUUAUCUUCUUCGCUCCGAUCCAGUUUCACGAAUCCACCCAGAGCCUCAAUCUCUAACCUCUUUCGAUCAUUUCGAUCUUCUCCCUGACUCUCUUCUCCUUCUCAUCUUCGAUAAGGUCGCCGACGUCAAAGAUCUCGGCCGUUGCUGUAUCGUGUCCCGUCGAUUUCACUCUCUCGUCCCUUUCGUUGAGAACGUUCUCGUACGCGUUGAUUGUGUUAUCUCCGAUGAUGAUUCAUCUUCUUCUGAUGAUAAUCGGAGAUUCUCACUUAACGCUUCUUCGAUUUCGGAUGCCGUCGGUGCUGGUGGCUCUUUCUCCGCCUUGUUCCGUCUCGUCUUCGCUCCAAUUUUCAAACCGUUUCAAGCGUUAGGGCAGUUUCUAGGACCGAAACGGUCUUCGUCGUCGUCUUCCUUCGACGCGUCGUUUUCGGCGAUUAACGAUGAAAUCGGCGGUGAGAUCGAGCAAGGCGGCGUUACGCAUCACUCGCCGACGCAGGUUUUGAAAAACUUUAACGAGAUUAGGUUUCUGAGAAUCGAACUCCCGACGGGUGAAUUGGGGAUCGAGGAUGGUAUAUUACUGAAAUGGAGAGCUGAUUUUGGAUCUACGCUUGAUAAUUGUAUGAUCCUCGGCGCAUCUUCUGUGAUUCCAUCGAAUCAAGUCAAGAAUCUUGAGAAUUGUGUUGUUGAUGAAGACAAUGGUAACAUACCUGAGUCGUUCUACACUAAUGGUGGACUUAAGCUGCGUGUAGUUUGGACGAUUAGCUCGUUAAUCGCUGCUUCGGCUCGGCAUUAUCUUCUCCAGCCGAUCAUCACUGAGCACAAGACGUUAGACCGUUUGGUUUUAUCUGAUGCUGAUGGACAAGGUGUUUUGUGCAUGAAUAGAGAACAGCUUGAGGAGCUUAGAGUUACUCCUUUAUCUGCUAGCUCUGCUUCGAAGCGGACGCUUGUGCCUGCAUUGAACAUGAGGCUUUGGUAUGCUCCGCAAUUGGAUUUACCUGAUGGCACGGUUUUGAAAGGUGCGACAUUGGUGGCUAUUAGGCCGAGUGAGUCGAAGAAAGAAGUGUGUGAUGCUUCUUGGUUGUCUGAUGCGUUUGAGGAACCGUAUGGGACUGCGGCGAAGAUGUUGAUCAAGAGGAGGACUUAUUGUCUGGAGAUGAACUCGUUCUGAUUUCGCAUUACGACCGGUUUCAGGUGGUGGGUGUAACCAAAUCCACAUAUAUUGGAGGAUGCUGGAAAGAGUACAGAGAGAGAGAUCACAAAUGUCCUGAAGCUAAAAACCGCAACUCUCUGACUUUUUGACACAUACUGCUUUGCCAGCCAUGUGGACGGAGCGCAUCAAAUCCGCAAGCAUCAGGAGGAUGCCUGAGGGAGUUUCUCUGAAACGGGAAAACGCCGUUGUACAUACACUUGUAAUAGAAGUCUGCGAAUGAGCAAAGAUCAUAUGUGUGUGGUCUGUGUUUAAAAUAGACACAUUACGAUGGGAAUCGCUGUAACACAGAAGGGAUUAUGUUAUAAAAGAGUCUGUAAUAAAUAUUUCUCUUUAUUUCGACACUUGAUGCUCUGUUCUUGAAGGCUUGAAGUUGAAGCUAACACUUUGAUGUUUCUUUGUAA